UAAAUGAGUUUCGGCCAUUGAGUAGCCGAAGUCGGCACUGCCAGAGUCUAGGGCUACUCGACAUUGAAGAGCCGGCCACUGCUCUUUACGUGCAAGGCACGCACAUUAGGCAUUUGAACACUGCUUAAAGAGACGGGUGAGAGGCCAAACUCUGAGAGGGUGAGACAACAGCAAAUAGCGAGGAAGGAAUGGAGAAGGGAGUACCCAGAGUGGGGGUGGUGGUUUUCUUGUUGAAUGGGAAAGCUGUUCUCUUGGGUCGGCGCCGCUCAUCCAUCAGCGACUCCACUUUUGCUCUCCCAGGCGGCCACCUCGAGUUUGGAGAGAGCUUUGAAGAAUGCGCAGCCAGAGAGUUGAAAGAGGAAACUGGAUUGGACAUUGAUAAAGUAGAGUACUUAACUGUCACAAAUACCCUAUUUCUUGAGGAACCAAAACCAUCCCAUUAUGUUACAAUCUUCAUGCGUGCUUUCUUAGCAGAUCCUAACCAAGCGCCCCAAAAUCUUGAGCCACAAAAGUGUGAUGGUUGGGAUUGGUAUGACUGGGAUAAUCUCCCUAAACCACUGUUUCGGCCUCUAGAGAAGAUGGUGCAAGAGGGCUAUAAUCCUUUUCCAAUUGGCUAGAACUAAUUCAUGGGGAUCCUUCUAUGUUCUACUUGCUUUUUGUCCAGUAUGCGAAGAUUAUGUAUGCAUGUGAAACGUCUAGGCAGUGAAAACAUAAGUCGGGGCUUUCAGUCUUAUUAUCAAUUUGGUGUAAGAUGUGUUUCCAUUUAUCUUAAUAAUCUUGCCUUUCUCUUGCC